UACAAUAAGCGUCACUGCGUCAGUAAAGGAGAAACAUUAUAAGAAUAUCUGACAAAUUCAGUUGCUAAACAAGACAAUGUCUGACAAGAACCAAACCUCAGAGCUUCCUGAUGCACACAGAGGGCGUCUAGAGGAAAACCCGAACACUGGGCUGUUAAAUGUGAAGGAAGAGGAUGAGACAGAUGACAUAAAUAGUCAUCCGCCUGAAAUACAUAGGUCCCUCCCUGCUGAUGAAGAUAACGCUGAUAUAGUGAAAUCUGAGAAUACAGAAGAUCAGUGUGUGAGGCGUCAGCUGGGAGUCCCGGGUGAGGAAAACAGUGACGGUAUCAGCCCAGAUGAAGUUAACGCUGAUAUAGUGAAAUCUGAUAAUACAGAAGAUCUGUGUGUGAGGCGUCAAGUGGGUGCCCCGGGUGAGGAAAACAGUGACAGUAUCAGCCCAGAUAAAGAUAACGCUGAUAUAGUGAAAUCUGAGAAUACAGAGGAUCAGUGUGUGAGGAGUCAGCUGGGAGUCCCGGGUGAGGAAAACAGUAUCAGCCCAGAUGAAGAUAACGCUGAUAUAGUGAAAUCUGAGAAUACAGAAGAUCAGUGUGUGAGGCGUCAGCUGGGAGUCCCGGGUGAGGAUAACAGUGACGGUAUCAGCCCAGAUGAAGUUAACGCUGAUAUAGUGAAAUCUGAGAAUACAGAAGAUCUGUGUGUGAGGCGUCAAGUGGGUGCCCCGGGUGAGGAAAACAGUGACAGUAUCAGUCCAGAUAAAGAUAACGCUGAUAUAGUGAAAUCUGAGAAUACAGAGGAUCAGUGUGUGAGGAGUCAGCUGGGAGUCCCGGGUGAGGAAAACAGUGACAGUAUGAGCCCAGAUGAAGAUAACACUGAUAUAGUGAAAUCUGAGAAUACAGAAGAUCAGUGUGUGAGGCGUCAGCUGGGAGUCCCGGGUGAGGAAAACGGUGACAGUAUCAGCCCAGAUGAAGAUAACGCUGAUAUAGUGAAAUCUGAGAAUACAGAAGAUCAGUGUGUGAGGCGUCAGCUGGGAGUCCUGGGUGAGGAAAACAGUGACAGUAUCAGCCCAGACGAAGAUAACAUUGAUACAGUGGAAAUUGAGAUAACAGAAGAUUUGUGUGUGAGGCGUCAGCUGGGAAUCCCGGAUGAUGAAACCAGUGACAGUAUCAGCUCAGAUGAAGAUAUCGCUGAUAUAGUGAAAGUUGAGAUAACAGAAGAUCUGUUUGCGUGUCAGGUGAAGAUUGAGGAGGAUGAAGUUCCUAUAAAUACAUCUACAGAUGAAGUUGUAUUAAAAACUGAACCAAAUGAAUACCUGAGUAUGAGUGAGCUGGACCCUCCAGAGCAGGAAAACUGGGACAGUAUUAGCACAGCGGAUCAGUCGAUGAGCUCAUAUAGUUCUUGUCAAGGAUGGAGCGCUGAUGACUCUCUUGGUUUCUUUAAAGAUCCACAAAGCCAUAUGGUGAAUAAACCAUUUUCGUGUUUUGUAUGUGGGAAAUGUUUUACCCACAAAUCCCAUCUUAUUACUCAUCAGAAAACUCAUACAGGAGAGAAAGCAUUUUCAUGUUUUGUAUGUGAACAAAGUUUUACUCAGAAACCAAAUCUUCUUGACCAUCUGAAAAUUCAUACAGGAGAGAAAGCAUUUUCAUGUUCUGACUGUGGGAAAUGUUUUACCCAAAAAUCAAAUCUAAUAAGACAUCAGAACAUUCAUACAGGAAAGAAAGCAUUUUCAUGUUCUGAAUGUGGGAAAUGCUUUAACCAGAAAACACAUCUUGUUGCUCAUCAAAAAAUAUAUAAACAUGAGAAAUCAUUUCCCUGUUCUAUAUGUGGAAAAUGUUUUACCCAAAAAUCAGUUCUUAUUGACCAUCUGAAAAUUCAUACUGCAGAGAAAGCAUUUUCAUGUUCUGUAUGUGGGAAAUGUUUUAUCGAGGAAUCACUUCUGAAUGACCAUUUGAAAACUCAUACAGGUGAGAGAGAUUUUUCAUGUUCGGAAUGUGGGAAAAGUUUUAAAUUAAAGUCAUGUCUUUUUAGACAUCAGCAAACUCAUACAGAAGAAGACGUUUCAUGUUCUGAAUGUGGGGCAUGUUUUAAUCAGAAAUCAAAACUGAUUGCUCAUCAGAAAAUACAUAAACGUGAGAAAUCCUGUUCCUGUCCUAUUUGUGGGAAAUGUUUUAAACAGAAAUCACAUCUUAUUAGGCAUCAGAAGAUUCAUACUGGAGAGAAAGGAUUUCCAUGUAAUGAAUGUGAGAAAUGUUUUAACCAGAAAUCAAAUCUUAUUGCUCAUCAGAAAAUACAUAUACGUGAGAAAUCAUUUUUUUGUUCUGAAUGUGGGGACUGUUUUUCCUUGAAACCAGAUCUUGAAAAUCAUCAAAAACUUCAUACAGGAGAAAAAGUAUUUUUGUGUACUGACUGUGGGAAAUGUUUUACAUUGAAAUCAAGACUUACUACACAUCAGAAAAUUCAUACUGGAGAGAAAGCAUUUUCAUGUUUUGUUUGUGGGAAAUGUUUUAACCAGAAAGCAAAUCUUCUUGCUCAUCAGAAAAUUCAUACAGGAGAGAAAGCCUUUUCAUGUUCUGAAUGUGGGAGAUGUUUUACUCAUAAAUGGGUACUUAUGAGACAUCAGAAAAUUCAUACAAGAGAGAACUCUAAUAGUAGUGGUUAAUCCCACUUUAGCAAAUGCUAAUGUCUCCUCCUUGUCUGAUGGAAACAGAAGCAGGUUUUAUAAAUGCUCCACAAGUUUUUUUGUUUGUUUUUUGCAUGUGGUAGAUAACUAAUACUAUACAUAUCCCUGUAGUAUCAUAAAUACAACACACCUCAA